AUGAAAAAAGCAACUGUACCAAUCAAAUCCCAAUCAAUGCAGGUGCAGGAUUCAUCAGACUCUGAUGAAGAGCCAAAUCCUGAGAGUCAUAAAAAAUCUUUGGAAAAAUUGAAGAAGACAGAUCCAGACUUCUAUAAUUUUCUUGAAGAGAAUGACGAGAAUUUGCUGAACUUUGAAGCAGCCAGUGAUGAUCAGGAAUCUGACAGACAGAGUGACAGUAAUGAAGAUGAUGAGAAAAUACACACACCAGGAGCCUUGCAGGCUGAUAGUGAUGACAGUGACUUCGAGAAUGACAAUUAUAAAUUGGACAAUACUAAAGUCACUCUUAAAAUGGUUUCGGAAUGGCAAGCAGAGUUGCAAAGUGAAGGCAAGAUUAAACUGUCCACAUUAAUCACAGUUAUAAAAGCAUUUAAUGCAGCUAUGCUUCGAGUUAGUAGUGAUGAUGGAACUUCACAAGGAGAAAUGAAAGUGGAGGGAUCAUCUGUUUUCAAUGCUGUCAUUCAAUUAUGUGUUGUUAAUCUACCCGGUGCAGUAAAAAAGUAUUUGGGUGUGGAACAGUCAGGCAAGGAACCACAAAAAUGCAAGCAUUUCUCCAAAAUCAGAGGUCCUCUGAUGUCGUAUUUAGUUGAUCUGAUGAAACUGCUCUUAAGUAUUUCAUCUGAGAAUAUUUUGGGAGUACUGCUAAAGCAUUUGCACCAAAUGUGCACUUUCAUUGCUUGUUUCCCAAGAAUUGCUAAAAUGGCAUUAAGAAAACUUAUUUUACUGUGGAGCACUAGUGAAGAAACUGUGAGAGUGUUAGCUUUUCUCUGCAUUUUAAGAAUAACCAGGAACCAACAAGCACUUCUUCUAGAUCCUGUUCUGAAAGUAAUGUACAUGACUUAUGUAAAAAACUGCAAAUUUGUGAGUCCAUCAACAUGGCCAGGAAUAAACUUUAUGAGGAGAUCCCUUGUUGAAAUGUACUCUUUAGAUUUGGAUGUUGCCUAUCGACAUGUCUUUCUUUAUAUCAGGCAACUAGCUAUUCACUUGAGGAAUGCUAUAGUAGUACAGAAAAUUGAGAACAGACAGGCUGUAUACAACUGGCAAUUUGUGAACUCUCUGCGCUUAUGGGGAGAUCUACUGGCCGUCAACAACAGGCCACCAUUACAUCCACUAAUUUACCCACUUGUGAUGGUAACUAUAAACACAAUCAAACUUGUGCCAACUCAUCAAUAUUACCCACUGAGAUUUCACUGUGUGGAGAUACUGAUGAACUUAUCUAAGGAAACUGAAACUUUCAUUCCUGUACUGCCCUUCUUAACAGAAAUUCUGGCCUAUGACUUCAAUAAAAAACACAAAAAAGUUUCAAUGAAACCUCUAGAUUUUUCAUGCAUAUUGAGAUUGGCUAAGUCUCAACUGAUGGAAAAUGGAUUCAAAGAUGCUGUAAUAGAUAAACUGUAUGCCCUCAUGUUGGAGUACACAGCUAAUGAAUCUCAUACAUUUGCUUUUCCUGAUACCAUUUUACUAGCAGUUAUUCAGCUAAAACAGUUCUUAAAAUCAUGCUCAGUGGCCAAUUACACAAAGAGAUUCCGCCAGCUAUUGGAAAAAAUUGAAGAAAACGCAAGAUUCAUUGAGCAAGAACGUAUAAAGUCAACUGUUGCCUUGGACGACGAAAGCUCAAUAAUGGCGUGGGAGACGAGCAUGAAGGCAAAGGGAACACCCCUAAAAUUAUUCUUCGAGAACUGGAACAGGAUUAAUCAGUUACAGAAACGUAAGAAGGUAACGAACAAUGAUGAAAUAGCUGGACAGAUGCCGGUCAUCAAACGACGUAAAAUCACCGAACAACAAGUACAGCGGCCGGAGAGCAAGGGACCUCUCGUUCUGUUCCCCUCAGACAGUGAAGACGACGAGAGACCAAACUUUGAGGCGGACGAAGAUGAGGAACCACCACGCGCUCCCAAAGUCAAGAAGCAAAAGAAGAAGAAGACGCAAAGGAAAAUCGCAAAAAGAAAUUCACCUCCAGAAGAAAGAGAUACCAUUGAUAAAGGCGAUAUUGUUCAAGAUCUCAGUGUAGGAGAUUGGUAAUUAAUAGAUAAUCCUAAGAGAAUGUUUUUAAGGUGCGUAUUCACUGCGAGCAUUUGUCUGUCAGAAAUUAGAAAACUGAGCGAGCGUUUACGGGGUUGACAACACUUUUUUUUUUCUUUUUUUUUCUGGCCGGGGGCUGAACCUCCUACGAGGUCCCCGCGCCUAGGGAGUGCGCGGACCUCAACGAUCUGCAAGGUGU